CUAUUUUUCUUUAUUUCAUUAAAAAUAAAUCAUUAUAUAUCUAUAAAUUUAUUAUUUAAAAAAAUAAAAGGAAAAAUCCGUAGGCCUUUUUUCGUAUCUGCAGCGUGGACUUUCAGAUCCUCUUCCCCACAGCUGAGAGAGAAACACUAAGAGAGAGAGAGAGGAAGAAGGAUUUCUACUUCUGCAACUCUUUUGUGCUUCUGAAAAGCCCUACGAUGGACGGUUUGGGUUUGCUCUUGUGAACGCUAAUUCCUGCUCCCCAAGGCUCUCUUUCAACUUCAAGCUUCUUUUCAUCCAUGGCCGAAAACGACGUUGCUUCGCCUUCCUUCCUGGCGACGUCAAUGGCUUCUUCUUCCUCUCCUCCACCCCCUGUCCCUCCUUCUUCUCGGCCGACGAUUACUCUCCCUCCCCGCUCUUCCAUGGAGACCCUCUUCACCGGCGGGCUCGGCGCCAGCCCCGGUCCCAUGACCCUGGUCUCCUCUUUCUUCGCCGACAACGACCCCGACUCCGACUGCCGCUCUUUUUCCCAGCUCCUCGCCGGAGCCAUGGCGUCGCCGCCGGCCCAGAAGCCGCCCCCUCUUCCGCCGCCCUAUUCGGCGCAGGGUUCUUCCAAGGAGAAGAAGUCGUCGGGCGAUGAUGCCGACGCUGAUUUCCGGUUCAAGCAGAACCGGCCUACCGGUUUGAUGAUUUCUCAGCCGCCGGUGUUCACGGUCCCGCCUGGAUUGAGCCCCGCCACCCUGCUUGAUUCGCCAGCUUUGUUUUCCGGUGGUCAGGGUCCCUUUGGAAUGUCUCAUCAGCAGGCGCUGGCACAAGUUACAGCUCAAGCUGCACAGGCGAACUAUAUGCAUGUUCAAGCUGACUACACAUCUUCACUGUCCACUGCACCUUCUACAUCAAUGAUGCAAGUUUUGUCAUUUGCUUCUAGUACAACUACACAUCAGCAGAUGCCGUCCAUAGCAUCUGAUCCAACAUCUGAGAUGAAAGAGUUAUCAGAAUUUUCUCAAUCUGAUCAAAAAUCCCAACCUACUUCCUUUACUGUUGAUAAGCCAGCCAAUGAUGGUUACAACUGGCGGAAAUAUGGGCAGAAGCAGGUGAAGGGGAGUGAGUAUCCUCGUAGUUAUUACAAAUGCACACAUCCAAAUUGCCCUGUGAAGAAAAAGGUUGAGCGUUCUCUUGAUGGCCAAAUAACUGAAAUUAUCUACAAGGGCCAACAUAACCAUCAGCCACCUCAGACCAACAAACGUUUAAAAGAUACUAGAAAUGUAAAUGGACAUUCAAAUUAUCAGGCAAGUUCUGAAUUGGUUUCACAGGUUCAGACUAAGAAUUUGAACAAAUCAAAAGAAGAUGUAGCUGCUGCUUCUUCAGUGUCUAAGAUGGAUCAGGAAUUCAGUCAAGCUACACCUGAACAGUUAUCUGGAUCUAGUGACAAUGAGGAAGUGGCUGACAAUGAAACAAGAGUAGAAGAAAGGGAUGAAGAUGAACCUGAUUCCAAGAGACGCAACAUGGAGGGCAGAGUUUCAGAGCCAGCUUGUUCUCAUAGGACAGUCACUGAACCUAGGAUAAUUGUGCAGACAACCAGUGAAGUUGAUCUUUUGGAUGAUGGUUAUAGGUGGCGCAAGUAUGGGCAAAAAGUUGUCAAAGGAAAUCCCUAUCCAAGGAGUUACUAUAAAUGCACAACCCCAGGGUGCAAUGUCCGUAAGCAUGUCGAAAGGGCUGCAACAGAUCAUAAAGCCGUCAUAACAACUUAUGAGGGCAAACAUAAUCAUGAUGUACCAAUGGCUAAAAAUAGCAGCCACAACACAGCCAACAGUAAUGCAUCACGGCUAAGACCCCCCAGUUUGGUACCUGACAAGAAUGCCUUGAUUGAUAAGAAGGCAGAUAUUUGGAGCAAUGGUCAACAACCCCUAGCACUUGCACAAUUAAAGGAAGAGCAACCAAUAUAGUUCUCAGAUUUUCUGGCAACUAAAGAAGCAUGAGGGCAUCCAAAGAGAGCAACAAAAACCCAUAUUAGAAUUCAGGCACUGCUGUAAGUUAUCUUUGCCUCACACUGGAGGACAUAGUUUUCAUCAACCCUAUUUGUUUAAAACAAUAAGGAAAGAACGCCCAGUGCAUAGGGCGCCUACACCUUGCUGGGGGUUUUGGGGUGUGGAUGAUGUAUAAUAGAAGGAAAAAAGAGGAAGGAGACUCGGACACAGGUCAGUUGAGCCCUAAGGGCUCCUGGAUGGAACACACUCGCAAGGAUUGAACUUCGAUUGUUGUUUAUCAAGUGGUGGGGCUAAUUGAAUUGAAUUAACAUAUACACAUAUAUAGCAUUCGUCCAUACGUGGGAAUAUAAUGUUUUGUGUUGGCUUUUGCUGAAUUUGGAGAUGAUAUCUGAUUUUCAUUUUUUCCUUCUAUUCAUAUACCUUGAGAGCUGUUUGUUUCUGCUUUGUUUAGGCAGGCAUCCAGCCAGUUAUGCAGAGAUCACUUUGGGCUUUAGCAGUUUGAGCUGGUGGUGCAACAUCCUGGUUCAGUCUCCAGUAAGCCCCAUGCCAGUCUCAAUGGUUAGAUGAUGUGACUACCACGACAAGCUUGCCAUAACAAGUCCAAGAGGGCAUUUGAGCUUUGGUCUCCCCCCUCUCCAAUGGCUUCCAAAUUUGCCGUGAACAGGUGAAGGUUCCAUGUCAAGACUCAGGAAUACAAAUAUAGAAGGAAUAAGCUUAGGUUAAAAAAAAAAAAAAAACAGUGAACACUCUUCAACUAUAUCACAUAAAUGGGUGUUCUGAUGUGGCAUUUCUAGGCCUUUGAUUGUAGCUUGUGUAAUAUAUGCCACUUGUAAAGCUAUUUAAGGUUGUAUAUGUUCUUUGGAAUUGGAUUUUUAAAAGGGCUAAUAAAUAUGAUUUUAGAAUCA